UCGAUUCGAUCUCCCUCCGUCUCAUCGUUCCCGAUUCUAGGGUUUUUGCUCCGAUAACAAUUCCUCCAAUUCGAUUUGGGGCAGAGCGCUAGGGUUUCUGCGCUGCCAGAUCCGUUUUCGGAUUUCGGGUUUCUUUAUUCGGAGCCCUUUCUUCAGAAAUUCAACAUGUUUUGGCGCAUGGCAGGCUUGUCCACGGCGUCUCCGGUGGAGACCAUUUUGGACAGGGAGAAUUUUACUUUGGAUGAACUACUUGAUGAGGAUGAAAUUAUUCAGGAAUGCAAAGCUCUUAACAGUCGCCUUAUAAAUUUUUUGUCUGGAAGAGCUCAGGUUGAACAAUUGAUACGGUACAUCAUUGAAGAAGCUCCUGAUGAUGCAGAAAAGAAGCGAUCUUUUAAGUUUCCUUUUAUUGCGUGUGAGAUUUUUACCUGCGAAAUUGAUGUCAUACUCAAAACCCUUGUAGAGGAUGAGGAAUUAAUGAAUUUGUUCUUCUCCUUUCUGGAUCCAAAUCACUCCCAUACUAACCUACUAGCUGGAUAUUUUAGCAAGGUAGUUGUAUGCCUGUUGUUACGUAAGACAGUUCCUUUCAUGCAAUAUAUUCAAGAUCACCAGGAAAUUGUGAAGAAACUAGUUGAGUUGAUUGGAAUUACAUCUAUCAUGGAGGUUUUGAUACGCCUUAUUGGUGCCGAUGAACAUAUGUAUGUAAGUAAUGUGGAUGCAAUGCAUUGGAUUGAAGAUAGCAACGUGCUUGAGAUGAUUGUGGAUAAAUUCAGUUCUUCGGAUUCUCCAGAAGUUCAUUCUAAUGCAGCUGAAACUCUCUGUGCAAUUACACGAUUUGCUCCAGCAGGGCUUUCUGCAAAAAUCUCCAGCCCUAGCUUUAUAGGAAGAUUAUUUCGUCAUGCUCUGGAAGUCUCUCGGCCAAAAUCUGUUCUUGUUAACUCUUUAUCUGUAUGCAUAUCUUUGCUAGACCCCAAGAGACAUACUUUUGGAGCUUAUUUUACAUAUAAUCGCCAAAUGACUAAUGGAUCCACUGUAAAUGCAAAUCCUGAGACUGUUGAAGGCAUGCUAGAAAGCCUAGGUGAUUUACUCAAGCUUUUAGAUAUUUCCUCUGCUGAAAAUAUCUUGCUAACUACCUAUGGCAAGUUACAACCACCACUUGGUAAACAUCGCUUAAAGAUUGUAGAGUUUAUAUCAGUUUUAGUAACUGUUGGUGGUGAAGCUGCUGAGAAGAAAUUGAUUGAUCUUGGAGCAGUACAGAGAAUUAUACACUUGUUCUUUGAGUACCCAUACAAUAACUUUCUGCAUCACCAUGUGGAAAGCAUUAUAAUAUCUUGCUUUGAGAGCAAGAAUUCUUCUCUUUUGGAACAUCUUCUCCGUGAUUGUGAUUUUGUUGGAAAAAUUAUUAAAGCAGAAAGGCAUUCCACAUUCCAGGUUGAGCCAAACAAGCCAGCAAUACCUGCUGAGGGUAAAUCACCGCCCAGGAUAGGAUGCAUAGGACACUUAACCCGUAUAUCUAACAAACUUGUCCAGUUAGGGAAUAACAACAGUGUGAUUCAGGAACAUUUGCAGGGAAAUAGUGAAUGGACAGAUUGGUACCUGAAUGUUUUAUCAAGUCGCAAUGCUGUGGAAAAUGUCUAUCAAUGGGCGUGUGGGAGACCAACAGCAUUGCAUGACAGAAAUAGGGAUAGUGACGAGGAUGAUUAUCAAGAUCGGGACUAUGAUGUUGCGGCAUUAGCAAAUAACUUAAGUCAGGCCUUCCGUUAUGGCAUUUACAAUAACGAUGACAUGGAUGAGGUUCAUGGUUCUCUUGAACGAGAUGACGAGGAUGUCUAUUUUGAUGAUGAAUCUGCAGAAGUUGUUAUAUCUUCUUUGCGGUUGGGAGAUGACCAUGAAAGUGGGUCUCUUUUCACAAAUUCCAAUUGGUUUGCGUUCGAGGAGGAUAGAGAUCGAGUAGCCAAUGAACGCUCUACUGGUUCACUUGCUUCUCCAUCUCCUAAUGCUGAGGAGGGUAUUGUAAAAGCGAGUGGAGAUGAUAUUAUUGCUGUUGAAGAUGAGGAGUUAGCUGACACUGCAACUUCUUCUCCAGAAGCAGGACUUAAAUUAGAACAUGUGGGGACCGAUAAACCGGUUGAGUGGGUUCAAUGGAGGGAAUCUUCAGAUGCAAAUGACCCUUCUGAUGUUCUUCCCAACGGACAACUUGGGAACAAUGAUCCUGCUGCAGCUGAAUCAUCACCUCCGUCAUCCAGUGUUGCAUUAACAAAAGAUGAGCAGAUGGCUACCGACCCGUCAGCGUCUCUCAAUAAUUUGAGCAUUGAAACCUCAGUGCCACCUCAAACAGGAAGUGAAAAUCCAAGUUCACGUGAAUCCACUUCUGUGGAUAGUUCAUUCACUGAGGUGGGAGGAGACAAUAACAAGGACGUCACAACUGACAACCAAAAAGGAGUCCAAUUUGAAAAUGAGUAGAUAAUGUAAAUUCCUGCGAACUGGCUUGGGUGGCUAACCAUGCAUCAUUAAUCAGGUGGGAAGAUACAUACUGGAGUCUGGCUGGGCAAGAGCAUUUAGAACCUCUCUGCACUCUUUUUUUCCCUUUUUCUUUUUCUUAAUAGGAGUAUUGAAAUUCCAUUCCCACCAAAGACUUCUGAAGCUAGAAAUUCAGUGUUUGAUGAGGCUUUAGUUCAUGCUGUUAGAUGCUACUGAAUUCUUCACCUGUUCAUAUCAAUUGUUUAGCUCACCCAAUUAGGUGCUACUAAAUUUCCACCUUUUUCUUCUUUAACUGUUCAUAUAAAUACCUCUUUCCGUUCCAAGUGUUUUGGUACAAAAACGGCCUCCUUGCUUGCUUGACUACUACAAUCGCCUCAAAGUGACCUUGAUGAUUUUUUAUAUAUAGGGGGUUCCUUACUCAAGCUCGGGUUACAUGGGGUUUUAGCAUUGCAAAGCUUCGGAUAUUUGCUGACAUGGAGUUGCACCUGAGAAAGCUUGUUGAAAAUUAGAGUGAUCCAAAAAAAAUGGAGGGAAGGGGGAACGCCUUGUAAUUACGAGUUUUUCAGAUGAAGAUUCGUUACAUUGGUACUUUGAACCUUCGGGUUCUGAAACUUGUAUUGACUAGUUUCAGUAUAUUGUAUAAUAAAUUUCUUCCAUAUUAACUUAGGGGAGACUACCUUGUAAGAUUUAAUGAGUUGCAUUGAAUUGUUAUGCAUUGGAACGUUUUGGUAUUUUAGGAUUUUGGUUGUUAUAUUACUCUGAA